AUGUGAUGUUUACGGGAAUUUAAAGGCAGAGAGAAGCCCGGUCAGCUCAGAACACUCUCGUACCUUCGAGCAGGAGUAUGAGGGCGGCUUUCGGGACCUGGGUGGCAGCCCUGCUCAUUGGGCUAGCCAGUGGACAGCCACAGAUAACGGGCAGGUCUCCCUACUGGAUGGGCCAUGCGGGAGGCGUCACUCUUUCUGUCUUUGGAUCUGGCUUCAGCGAAGACAUGUUCAGCCAGUUCGACCCCACGCUUGGCAACAUCGUGAAGCUUGUGAACGAAGCCGAAACCAUAGACUGCGAGGUCAUCAACUAUCUGUCCAAUACGAAUAAAAUCGUCUGCAAUACAGGACCGAGAACCAACACGGCCGGAUCCGGAGUCUACUACAUCCAAGUAUUUUCCGACGGCGUGCAGGCAACCGGGACUCAGACGGUAGAGUACGCUGAUUGGGUGGCACCCAAGAUCGACAGCGUCACUCCGAGAUGGGCGCUGGGUCGCACUGUGGUUGAGUUUUACGGUUGGAUGCAGACGACCAAGUACCGAGGCGUUGAUCCUGCAGAUCCUUUGGAAACUGGAAGUGACUCUGGGCUCAUUCUCACAAAGGUGUACAUGGGCGGCCUGGAUUGUGACAUGGUGAAUGAAACCAGCGGGGAACUGUACCAACUGGAAUCGCGAAGCCUCAGAUGUCAGGUAACCAGUAAGUACAUCGGACCCAUGAACGGAACCACCUACGUGACUGAACGCGGUGUCUCAGUCAACCGGAGAGGGGGAAUUUACGUCGAUUCUCAGGACAGACUGUUCCAGCACCACACCUACGCAGGAGUUGACAGCGUGAGUCCCAGCAGCGGAUCCACGCAGGGAAACACUCUGUUGACUGUCACGGGUGUUGGCUUUGACCCUUACCCCGGCAAGACUGAGGUGUGGGUUGGAGGAGCCGAGUGUGUGAUCCAGGAUGUGCAAGACGAGACUCUCACCUGCUUAACGCCAUCGCAAGACGAGACUGGGCCUGCAUCAGGAGAGCGUGGCAUCCUGUCCGAGACGUGGAACGGCGUGUACGUCAGCAAUUUACUUGACGACAGCCUUUGGGACGCCCUGGACUCCAGUCACAGCGGCUACAGCUCCUCGGUGAUGAUGGACACGAGGAUUACCGUAGAUGGCACCCAGACCCUAACGGGGAAAGUUUCCGGCUACCUCCACGUUGCUCAUGACGGCUUGUAUUCUCUGGGCACUCUCGACUUCAAUGGCAAUUUUGCCUUCCUCAUUGCCGAAAAUGGCAAUCCCGACAACAAGACUUACGUGGGUCACUGGCACCACAUAACACUCGAAGCGGACACCCCGGCUUAUUUCGAGCUCCGCUAUCGCACCCAAGCGAGCAUGACCUUCCGCAUCACGAUGAACGACUUCAACGCCAAGUUCACGUACGACCAGACGGCCAUUGGUCACGACGAGCGCCACCGUGUCAAGUUGAACCCCAAAGAACAGUUCGAAGUGCAGAGGAUUAGUUACUCAGGGUCCCCGGGACAAGCUAGGAUUUAUCUGGCUGGACUUACCUCUGACCCUGUUGAUAUCACUGUGGACACAGAGAUUCGUUCUGCGAUUCUAGGCCUGACUGACCAGCUGUGCGAGACCCAGGCGGAAAGCCCGACAUACUUGUACCAGACCGACUUCGAAAUGGGCGAGGAUAAUAUUCCUGGACUGAGAGGAUCGACCGCCGUCGACAUCGCGAGCUACUGUGGAAAGAAAUCCUUUUUGAUGAAUUCGGCCGACAGACAACUUUACUACACCGACAAAGAGGAUGAAAUGGCAGACGUUAACACCUAUCGCUAUGUAAGACUAAAAACUAGUACAAAUAUUGUUUUCUUGUUUCUUGAGAUUUUUCAACGUUACCUAUAA